AUGGCGGCCGCCUCGUCCUCCUCCCCGACCUCGACCGCCGCGCCACAAGACGAGUGCAACCAGAUGCAGCAAGACGAGAUCCUCGCUCUCGACUCAAUUUACAACGACCCUUCGCUCGGCAGCGACACCGCCGCCGCUGCUGCUUCCACGUCGACCGCAAAGGGCGAGGCACACGCCAGCCAAGACACCCGUGCACGCCUCGUCAUCGAGCGCAACCAGCCCGGCUCGCCACCCAUCCUCUGCCUCGUCCUGCCCGUACUGCUCCCCCGUCUAACGAAAAUACAGGUCACAUCCAUAUGGCCGCAGCCCUCCGCAACACAGCCUCUUGGCGUCAACCCAGGAGCGCCGUGCCUCAAACCCACCGCCACAGCCUUUCAACCCAAGGCUAAGUCUACUGCGCCGACACCACAGGGCCUCGAAGACGGCGUGGCACAACUACAUCUCAACCUGCAAGUGCAUCAGAAGAACAGCUCGUCGGCGCCAACGAAUGGCCUCAACGGGCUCCCUCCCAAGCCCAGCGGGCAAGCUCGACCUCGUGCUCCGCCACCGCAACGCCCGACCGACGCCGGCAGCCCAGAGAUGACCGGCUCGAGGCGCAGCAGGGGCAAGGGCAAAGGCAGACGAGAACCGUGCGGCAAGAAGAGCGAGCAACCACAUGUCAAUGGCGUCGCAACAAUCGGGCCGGAAGGCGCAGAUCCAAUGUCACCCGCUUUGAGGGCUGCGGCCGGAGGCCAGGUAGCGCCUCCCUCCAAACCACCAGCGGCUGCAUCAUCGCCGUCUGGCUCUCGUGCGACCGACGCCCCGAUAGCUUCGGCAAUCACGCCAAUCCUGCCAGCAAGACCGCCCACGAUACGGAAGCUGCCACCGCUGGCACAUCUGCCGCCCGUCGUACUCCGAGUCCGGCUGCCUGCAACGUAUCCCCUGCAAACGGCGCCGGAGCUCCUGUCGCUCGAGGCGGCAUGGCUGUCGAAGGGCGUUGGUGGCGGCGGCUCGCCUUCACUCUGGAUUCAAAGGCGGCUGCAGGAGCAGUACGACGAGCUAGGCGGCAGCGAAGUGCUGUGGGCCUGGGCACAGUGGCUCGCCGAAGGCAUGUGGGAAGAGCUGCUCCUCGCGCCCGGCUCCACUUCCCCGGCCGAUCUGCCGUUUUCGGCCCACCACGACGGCGCCCAGGCUGCGGACGCCUGUGAGCUCGCGUUCGACGAGUACCUUGCGUCGCCUGACGACACGCCGCUGCUGGCCGCCACGCUGCUGUCGCACUCGCGCCUAUGCACGCGCGACGAUUUCGACACGUCGUCGUUUGAUUGCGGCAUCUGCCUCGAGAACCGCAAGGGGCGCAAGUGCACUCGGCUCGAAGGGUGCGGCCACGUGUUCUGCUCCGAGUGCCUGGUCGCCUAUCUCUCGAUGCUGGUCGACGAGGGCUUUCAUCGCCAGGCCAAGCGCUGCCCGGACCCGGAGUGUGUCAAGAUGCGCGGCGAAAUGGAGAAGCGCGGCGAGGAUCCCGAGGCCGACGCUGCAAUGGCAUCGUCGUCGUCGUCGUCGUCGACGCCAGGUGCUCGUCGGGCUGACGACGACGGCGACAACAACGAUGCGGCACCGUCCGCCUCGGCCACGCCUCCUCGGGCAGCGACGGUGCGCGGCUCCAUUAGCCGGCCUGAGCUCGCCACGAUUCUGACGCCCGAACAGCUCCACCGCUUGGACCGGCUGACGACCAAGGCUCGCCUCGAGUCGGACCCGAGCAUCACCUACUGCCCGCGCUCCGACUGCCAAUCCGCCGUGGUGCGCAAGCCGGGCGACGAGGGCAUCUGGGAGCGCUUCCGGCAGUGCCAAGAGUGCGGCAUGAGCUUCUGCGCGUGGUGCGGCCGCAGCUGGCACGGCACCAACCCGUGCCCCGUGUCGUUCCACGCCGACCUGGUGCAAAAGUACCGCGGCCUCGCCGACGGCAGCGACGAGAAGCGCCAGAUGGAGCUGAGCUUUGGCAAGGCGACGCUGCUCAAGCUCGUGGAAAAGUGGGAGGAGGAGGAAAAGACGAGGCAGUGGAUGAAGGACUUUACCACGCCCUGCCCGACCUGCAGCAUCUGCAUCGAAAAGAGCUACGGGUGCAACCACAUGACCUGCCAGUCGUGCAGGACGCACUACUGCUACCUCUGCGGCAAGUCCAUCAGCGCCACCAAUCCUUAUCUCCACUUUAACACGCCCGGCGCCGGUUGCUACAACCGCCUCUUUGACGGCCUCAUGCCCGGCGCGCCCCAGGUCGACGAAGACGGCCGGCCCAUUGACAUGGCCGACCUCAUUCCGUGGGAGGAGAUCCUUUGA